AUGAUCUUCGUGGUUCCAAGGCAUGUGCAGCCUUCUGCGUUCCAGUCAUCUGUCCGCUUCAUUGGGAGGUUCCCAUUGAAGAGUGAUAUCAACAUCACCGCAGCCGGCAAGACCAAGAUCGCGGUUGGCCAAGGCGGCCGUUCGUCAAGAACCGGAUACACCGCUACGGUUUUCGGCUCGACUGGGUUCCUUGGACGGUUGCUCGUGUCUAAGCUCGCCAAACAUGGCACCAUAACGGUCAGUCCUUACAGAAACGAGACAGCUAAGAAGCAGCUGAAGGUCAACGGUGACUUGGGAGUGGUCAACUUUGUGGAGCUCGACCUCAGAAACCUGGAAUCUAUUAGAAACAGUGUGGCUCAUUCUGAUAUCGUUUUUAAUUUGAUUGGUACCGAACAGAGUACCAAGAACUUUUCCAUCGAAGACGUGAACAUUGAAGGAGCUCGUCGUAUUGCGCAGAUUUCCAAGGAAGCAGGAGUUGCCAGAUUUAUCCAUGUUUCCUCCUAUAAUGCCGACCCAGCAUCUUCAUCUGAUUUCUACGCCUCAAAGGGUGUGGGUGAGCAAGUGGUCAGAGAAAUCUACCCAGAUGCAACCAUCGUGAGACCUUCCCCUAUGUAUGCCAGAAACUCGCCUUUCCUCAACCAGCUACUUGCCAGGAGGACUUUUGGUGAUAACAUUCUGUUCAAAAACCAGGUUUUCCCAACCCAUGGCAUCCAGGUUGCCGCUGCGCUCGAGAAGAUCGGAUUCGACGACUCCACCAGAGGCCAGACCUAUGAGCUCCAUGGAACCGAGGAAUACUCCAAGAGAGAAAUUCGUGAGAUGAUCAAGGAAGCAACUCAUCUCGGCCAGAAUGCAUGGGUUCCUGCUGCUGUUGGUUUCUACCUGCCAGCUCCCGAAAUUGUCGUCAAGGCCUUUGCCCUGCUGAGACAGUACAUCUCGUCACAGCCAAGAGUUUCGCUCGACUCUGUCAACCGUGUGAACACAAGACAGGUGUUUGAUCCUAACGCAAAGACUUUUGCUGACCUUGGAAUGGUUCCUGACGAAUUCGCAGACCUGUUCUACACAUACAUCAAGCCACACAUCACUGCUAGUUCCCAGGUCAAGAACCGUACCGUUUACGCCAGGGAAGACGUUGAGAGGCUGCGUGAUUACGUCAACACUCCAAGUGACAGCUUCAACCUAUUUAACUUGAAAUGA